AUGCUAAUCGAAUUUGGGUUACUUACAAACAAGGUGUUUAUGACAUUACUGACUUUAUUCAGUCCCAUCCUGGAGCCAUAUUGGCUAAUUUAUGCCCAACACAAAACUGAUGAAGUUUUGGAAUUACUUGAAGAAUUGAGGAUUGGGAGUUUAUCUAAAGAUGAAUUGAAGGAUUCUGAAUUGGGAAAGUCUUCACCCAAUGAUCCUUUUGGAAUUGACCCUCCACGACAUCCAGCACUUUUAAUUUAUUCUCAAAAACCUUUCAAUGCAGAAACUCCAUCUCAAUUGCUUGUUGACAAUUUUAAGACUCCGAAUGAUCUUUUCUUUGUUCGUAAUCAUAUGCCUGUUCCUAAUUUGGAUGAAAGAAAACAUUUUUUAGAAGUUAAUGGCCUUGGAAUUAAAAAAGGAAUUAAUUUGUCUGUUAAGGAUUUGAAAAAUAAAUAUGAACCAGUUAAAAUAACAUCAACAAUUCAAUGUGCAGGGAAUCGACGUAAUGAUAUGAAUAAAUUUAAAAAAGUUCAAGGAUUGAUGUGGACAGGAACGGCUAUUUCAAAUGCUGAAUGGACUGGUUGUCGAUUGAGGGAUGUUUUAAUUAGUGCUGGAAUUAACCCAAACAAUAAAGAAAUUAAACAUGUUCAAUUUGAGGGUGCUGAUAUGGACAUGACUGGCAAUAAAUAUGGAGCGUCUAUUCCUUUUGAUAAAGCAAUGAGUCCAGAAGUAUUAAUUGCUUACGAAAUGAACGGUGAACCGCUACCUCGUGAUCAUGGAUAUCCUCUUAGAAUAAUUGCCCCUGGAAUUGUUGGUGCCCGUCAAGUCAAAUGGUUAACUUGUAUCAAAACAAGUGAGGAAGAGAGUACAAGUCAUUGGCAAAGGAAAGAUUAUAAAGCAAUGCCUUCAAAUAUAAAUAUUGGCGAUCCUUUACCUUUUGAUUCUGUUCCUUCUAUUCAGGAAUAUCCUGUUCAAAGUGCUAUUUGUGUUCCUACUCCAAAUACAAAAAUUUCUAAAGAAACCGAAAAUAUUGUGGUUGAAGGAUAUGCAUGGAGUGGAGGAGGAAGAGGAAUUAUUAGAGUUGAAGUAUCAGCUGAUGGUGGAAAAAACUGGAAAUGUGCUGAAUUGAAACAAGCUGAAGGUCAAGAUUUUGAAAAUAUGUGGGCUUGGACACUUUGGAGAUUGGAACUAGAAAUUCCAGAGAAAGCAAAAGAGAAUGGACAUUUUGAAUUAAUUUGUAAAGCAACAGAUAGAGGUUACAACACACAACCAGAAGAUGCUUGUGGAAUUUGGAAUGUACGUGGACUUUUACAUAAUGCUUGGCAUAGAGUUGAUAUCACAAUUUUUUAA